AUGUCAUUCUUCACGCCAACUUGCAAACACCACUUUUGUCAAUGUCUUCUUGUUGGUGAGCUCCAACACUGGCGAAAUUCCAACCAAACCACUCCAGGGACAAUGACCUCGACAACAUCGUCUUUACUCUUCCAUGGGUGUGAGCAAGCUGUGGCUACGAAGUGCCUCUCCACACGUCGGCUGUUGGCUCGACGACGGACACACCGGAUGCUUCAUUCUCCCUUAUUUAUAGCACUUCGAUCGCCCUUGACAUCAUGGCGAUCAUUUGCCCACAUUGAGUUUGUCCAUCAGUAG